GUUUGCAGGCAAAGCAAAACACAUGGCCAGUUGAUGGUGAAUACAUCAACCACUCUCGUGGUGCUAGUUGUCCAUUAGGCAGGCGACUGCUCAUCAUGUCGUUGGUUAAAGAACGAACCCGACCACCUAGUCCGCAGUCUCUUGCCGAUGCUGGGUAUUUUCCUCUUCUGUUGUGAAAUGAAGAAGGCCCUCUUUCAAUGAGAACACUCUUUACUCUGUCACUGGAUAUAUUUUCCCACAACGCUGGAUCAGUAACAGUUUCACACCAGGAGUCUUCAUCUUCAUCCCUCUGCUGUACGGCACUCUCAUGUUCGAUCCCGGCCGGCAACAUCUCAUCCUCCACUGGCGAUGUGAGAGGACUUAGCUCAGGCUCUACCACCACCAAAUGUCUCCAGUAAACUUGAGCUAGUGGUGUUAGCAUCCUGCAGGUCUUCCCCGCCGUGAGUUGUAGCAGUGGCACCGCUGCUAUCCUGCAGUGAACAUUCAGCAACCAUUGAACCAGAGCUGGUCAGGCUCUUUGACGAUUUACAGAGAAAUAUCGCCAGAACUCACGACGUCACAGACAAACUGGGGAUCUCCAACGUUUAUGAGCAACGUGAUGCUGCUGAGUACUUUGAGAAGAUCCUGUGUCUGACCAGCUCAGAGGCGACCCGGAUGUUCAAAGGAGAGCUGAAUCACAAGUCCCAGUGCCUCCGCUGCAAAGAGAAGAACGACUGCAGGAGUUUUUUUUGGAUUCUGCCGCUCACCGUGGAAGAUCUGUCUGGUCGAACCUACAGCGUGGAGAAAGGGCUGAAGGCGUUCUUCAAGGGAGAGAAAGUCUGCGGGGACAACAAGAUGUUCUGCAGCCGGUGCAACGACAAGCAAGAUGCACACUUUGAAUGUGAGAUGACACAGAGUCCAGACAUUUUGACCCUCCUGCUGAAGAGAUUCAGCUUCGACAACAAGCUCCGAUGUUUCAUCAAGCUUCACUGCAACGUGGACGUCCCCGAAACUUUACACAUCAAGAAUUGCAAAUACGACCUCUACGCUCUCGUCGACCACUUUGGAAAUCUAACAGGAGGUCACUAUACGGCUCAGAUCAAAUCCUUUGAGACUCACGUGUGGUAUCACUUCAACGACGACACUGUGAACAAGGUGAAACAGCAACUGUUUGCAGCUGGAGACAAGUAUUUGAGGUCUUCUACAGCUUACCUCCUCAUGUACAGGAAGGUGAGCAAGAAUCCCGAUAAAACUGAUGAAGGUGACCAGGAGUCUCUCUGUACACAGUCAGAUGUGGAGGCAGAAGGAAGGAAUGAGGAGGCAGAGAGAGGAGAGGCUCUCGUUUCUCACCGUCAACCGAAGCAGGAAAGCUUCAAAGGACAGGAAACUGUGCAGCACUUGCAUGGCGAGAUAUUAAAGAAGAGCCACGAUGAUACGAUCGGGAUGAAACAGACAAACCUGAGAGCAGGUUGUGGGAGGACACACCAUGAGAUGCUUCAGUCAGACUCUGUGGAAGAUGGAGACAGUUUGCGAACACAGACGUCAAAAUUUGCGAUGCUGCAAAAAGACGGAGGACGGAAACAUCAUGAGAAGAGACGGCAGCUUGAUACAAACCUGCACCAUGUGGACAGUAUGAUAGAGCAAAACCGUGCAUCUUCAAAGAAAACACUGAAUGCAAAUGAGACUGUCUGGGAAACACCAAAUGAUAUCCUAGCGAAGACUAAAACAAGUGUUAAGGAUUGUAGCAUAAGGACCAGAGCUGCAGAAUCUAAAGCUGUGAGAAUCAAAAAGGAGGCAGUAACAGAGGUAAGACUAGAAGGAAAUAGUGCCAAACAGGAAAGAGAGGCUGGUGUCGGUGCAUGUAUGUGUCAUUGUGAUGGAAAGUCAUAUCAUGUUUCCCCGAGUGACUGCUCUUCUGCUGCAGCUCGGUGCAGGACAGCACACAUGCAGAGUCCCUCUAGGAUGCGUGAACACAGUGGGGGGAACUUUUCACCAAAGCUGAGCAGAAAAUCAAAGAGUCCAAACAGCGACAAGGAGACUGAAGGCAGCAGCUGCAACCUGGACACAAAAACUGGGACAAAGGGAUCAAAAACUUCAAGUUGUAGAGAGAAAAAAGAGGCUCCAAAGAGCAGGGAUAAAGACAGAAAAGAGCCGUGGAAGUGAUGGAAUAACAAAGAGAAUAUCUGAAUCUACAGGUGAUCUUUUUUGUCACUUGGAAUAGCUGUUUUUAAAUAUUUUAAGUCAAAGUCACAUUGUAAAUAUUGAGUAGAUCUGAACAUUUGACACUGCUGCUGACACUGACUCUGAUCAAUGAUGUUUUAUUAAAUCUCUGUUUCAUACAUGUAGAUGGGUGUUAUAUGUUUUAUGUAGUAUUUCAGCGAAUCAUCAAACAGGCUGGACAUCAUGUAUUUAUGUCUGUAAAGUAAAUUACAGCCAAUGCUGCUAAAUAACAUUACAUUUACAGUUUAUACAGUCAUUUACAGCAAGAUAUUUAUGUUCCACAGUGGUUUGCAAAUUAUAAAAAAUAAUGAAGUACAUUUACUCAAGUGCUGUACUUAAGGA